AUGUAUCCCUCUCACCAACCACAACAUCAGCAGCAGCAGCAGCAGCAGCAGCAACAACAGCAGCAACUGCAAUUGCAACAGCCAGUAACUCAAAUGGCGCAACAGUUGCAGGAGCAGCCGUCAUUAAUGUCUGGCGGCGGCGAUUAUGUGAAGGAGACACUUUACCAGCCACCACCACCACCACCACAGCACCACCUGCAACAGCAACCACAUCAGCAACAGCAGCAGCAGCAGCAGCACCACCACCAACAUCAUCAUCACCACCAUCAGCAACAACAACAACAUGAGCCACAACAACAAUUACAACAACAAACACAUUAUGUUCCACAAUUGUAUUAUCCAACGCACUGGAUGCAGCAACAGCAACAGCAGCAGCAGCAGGUAUCAAACAACGAGCAACAAUUACAACCACAACAGCAGCAACCAAUCCCAGUUGCCCAAGUUUAUAGCCUACCAGAAGUGUAAAUUGAUCGAUUUGCACUCCUAAUAUAUGUACAUAUAUAUACAAACACACACACACACACACUCUAUAUACA